GCAUUGUCUUGAAGAGUCGCGGAGCCGCCUCGGCGAUCCCCACUCCAACGCUCACUCGGCAAAGCCGAGCUCUGAUCGUCUCAUCAGUGCCGGUGCGCGCCCGGCCGGGGAAGUGGGAUAGCCGGUAACCCCACCAAAUCGCGGCCCUGCGCACGGAGAAAACCACGCAAAAUCGCGGUCGCGCACAGAGGAACCCCCUGAAAGCGCGGCCGGGCCGUCGCAGGCAGCAAAGCCACGCCCGCGGGGGCAGCAUAUGGCGCCCGGGCUGGCCGCACCCAUCCGCCGCGGGCUCUCGGCCGCGUCCCCCACGCCGCUCUCCAGCCUCACCGACGCGCUCCUCGCCACCCGCCUCGCCAGCCACCUCCUCACCACGCCGCACCUGCCCGCCGCGCUGCUGCCCGCGGCGCCGCUGCCGCUCCCCGUCCACCUCCACAUCCUCCGCCACCCGGCGCUCCCGCCGGCCUCCAAGCUCUCCUUCUUCCUCGCCGCCACGCCGCCGGCCUCUCCGCUCCUCGCCUCCACCUUCCCCGCCCUCCUCCGCGCGCUCUCCGCGGGCUCCCCGCCGCUCCUCGACGCGCUCCUCCAGUUCGCGCUCUCCUCCCCGUCACCCGCCACCCUCCUCCCGGCACUCCUCGCUUCGCUCCUCUCGGCCUCGCGCCUCGACGCCGCGCUCGCCCUCUUGGACGCCGCGCCGCCCGACCUACUCCCCCGCCUCGCCGCCGCCGCUCUCCCUUCCCUCAUUGCCUCCCCGGACCUCAUCGGUGCCGUUCCCGCCAUCCUCAGGCUGCUUCCAAUCGCCUCCCAGCCACCGCCCGUCCGGGCCACGAACCGCCUCCUUCUCGCCUUGUCGAAGGAGAACCUCAGCGAUGACUUCCGCCAUGUGUUCGACGAAAUGUCGAGGAGGGGCCUCCCUUCGAAUGUAAGGUUCUACAAUAUUUGCAUCUACGCGUUUGGCAAGUGGAGGCAGAUGGAUAUGUCGCUGAGGCUAUUCGUGGCAAUGAAGGCUGCCACUCCACCUGUUGCGCCGGACAUAUGCACGUAUAAUUCGAUCAUCCGAGCGCUUGUGAUUGGUGGGCGGGUUACUGAUGCUUUGGUGACCUUUGAUGAAAUGAAGUCUUCUGGAAUCGAGCCAGAUGUGUUCACUUACCGAGCAGUGGUGAACGGAUGCUGCAAGAGUUUUCGGAUGGAUGACGCAUUGCGUGUGUUUCAUGAGAUGCGGGGCAGCAGUGCGGUGAGUGAUGUUGUGGUGUACAAUUCGCUCCUCGAUGGGCUGUUUAAAGCGAAGAAGCUUGAUGAGGCAUGUGGUUUUUUUGAGACAAUGGUAGCGGAUGGAAUCCAAUGCUCAGCGAGCACGCACAACACUGUGAUCGAUGGGCUGUUCAAGAAUGGGAGGGCAGAAGCAGCAUGUCGGCUGUUUUAUGAGCUAAGAAGGAAAGGGCAACUGUUAGAUGGAAUUGCUUAUAGUAUCAUGGUGAGGGAGUUCUGCAAGGAGGGGGUGGGGGACCAAGUUGCAGAGGCCCUAGACUUGGUGAAGGAGAUGGAGCAGCGGGGCUUCGUUGUUGAUUUGGUUACCAUAACAUCAUUGCUAAUAGGUUUCAACAAGAGUAAACGUUGGGACCUGGAAGAACAAAUAGUAAAGUUUAUAAGGGACGGCUCUGUAUUGCCGGAUGCCAUUCGGUGGAAAUCAAACAUGAUGGUUGCCCUGAGAGGCCCUCAGGACAGAGGGAAAGAUGGGACACCAAUGUUUUCCUUUGAUGGUAAUAUGGAUGAUGUGAUGAGUUUGGUUAACCCUGCGGGACGCACUGAUACUGAUGAAGGACCCACAAAUAAUGAUCCCAAGGAUGAUUGGUCAUUGUCACCACACUUGGAUCAUAUUGCUAAACGUGCUGACAGUUUGAACAACUCUGUUAUAUUUACAAUGCACAGAGGGCAGAGGGUGCAAGGUAUGGGGGGCAAAACUUUCGAUGCUGACAUGAUCAAUACAUACUUGUCAAUUUUUUUAGCCAAAGGGAAGUUGAGUGUAGCCUGCAAGUUAUUUGAGAUCUUUACAAAUCUAGGAAACAAAGGGACAAGCUAUACAUACAAUUCACUGAUGACCUCAUUUGUCAAGAAGGGUUAUCUGAAACAGGUGUGGGCAAUUCUUCACGAGAGGGGCGGACAGCUCUGCCCUAAUGAUGUAGCAACAUAUAAUCUAAUCAUUCAGGGUCUUGGCCAGAUGGGAAAAGCAGAGUUUGCUAGCACAAUUAUUGACCGGUUGUCAAAGAAAGGUGUUUACAUGGACAUUGUCAUGUAUAACACACUGAUCCAUCAGUUCGGGAAGGUUGGGAAGGUUGAAGAAGCAAGCUGCUUGUUUGAGCAGAUAGUCAGAAGCGGGAUGAAGCCAGAUGUUGUCACUUUUAAUACCUUGAUCAAUAUUAAUGCAAAAGCUGGUAGAUUAAAGGAAGCUGACAAGUAUUUGAGGAGGAUGAUUACAGAAGGCAUUGCGCCAAACCAUGCCACAGAAACAAUAUUGGUUUUCCUUCAUAAGGAGAUUGAAAAGAAAAAGGCAGAAGGCCAAAUGAACUAGCAAAAAAAUAUGAACAAAAACAGUACCAUAACAUCUGUUAUCUGUAUUGAUCAUCACAAGGCAUGUUCUUUCUAUAUUCAAACUGAAAAACUGCAGUGCAAAUCAUGAUUAUUGUAGUAUAAAAAAUUUGGGUACUAACACAGUUCAGGAGGCUUGGCUGAACCGCACUACUAGAGUGAUACUUUCAGUAUGCUCACGAUAUCUGAUGUCAUGAUGGUUUAGAGAAAUUACUGCAGGUUUCCUGUGCUCAGGUGAUUAGGCAGCCUGUUGGCUCAAUGGCAUGUCUAAUACCACAAACUGCAUUAGUUGCAUCUAAUGGGAUCUUCCAGUUCCACAUCACAUCUCCAGAGUCAAUCUAAACUGCCAUGAGGUAAGUUUUGGUUUAUUAUCUUUUGGAGCUAUAAUUACUUAAUCACAAUUGUCUAUUGCAAAGUCAUUGUUAAGAAUGGAUUCUCAGAGUAUUGGAUAGCUGGAGUACUCAGUAGGUACCUAUAGAUACUCCCUCCGUCCCAAAUUAAUAUUUGUUUUGGCUUUUCUAGAUACUUAGCUUUGCUAUGCACCUAGAUAUACCUAGAAAAGCUAAAACAAAUACUCCCUUGUGUCUAGUCAACAGUUGAGUUACUCAGGAGGACUACGGACUACCUAUUCCUUUAUGCUCGUGCAAUUGUUUUUUAAAAAUAUAUGUAAAAAAGAGGCACCUCUAAUAUGUCACCAUGGUUGCUAUGAAAUUCAACUUGCCUACAAGUUACAGGAUCUCAUUGAGGUGACCACAUAUGUAAAUUUCUGGUUUUUAUCUAUGCUGAUUUCAAUGUUAUGUGUUCUGAGAAUCUUGCUUUGGCCUUGUGAAGCACAUGUAAGGUUUUGUUGAGAGAAUAGAGAACAACUAACCUCCAGCGUUCCAGCAAUGUCUAUUAUACCAAUAAGCUUAAGUGCAGUACAGAUUCAGCACUGACCGAGGUUGAUGUUGCCGUCAUGCCAUCAACUUGCCCUCAUACAGAUUGAUGUUGGACAACAUCUUGUUGGUAUUCUCUUUUUACUUCUUGUCUGAAUAGCUUAAGUGCAAUAAGUUGCUUUUAUUUUUUGGUUGGUUGGUUGUAGCUGGUUGAUUUGGGAUAGGAAGUUCAUGGUGAUACUUUUAGCAUUACUUUUCAGUAACAUAAGAUAUUUUCCUUUCUUUCAAAAGAAGCCAAUUCGAUCCUCCGAUUUUGAAGCUGAUAAUAAAAGAUGCAGCUUUUCAGAAGUAGCAAUUCUGGUUAGGAGAAAUAUUAAGAAUCACAUUGAACACAACAUUAUUGCUUAUGAUUACUCUGUUGCACUGUAUGAUACAUUUGAUAUCUAUCACAUGAUUAUAUUCCUAUCCCUAGGAUACUGACAUAAGGAGGUUGGCGGAUGAAACUUGUUUAAGAAUUUUGGUCCAUAUGUAACACAAUCUGUUCAUUCACAAUAAGCACAGGUAUAUAUUAUUAACUGGAAAGCUUAGUUUAUGGACAUUGUGUACUUGUGUA